UAUAUUAACCGCAAGUACACACAAAAUCCACUCUGUAAAAAUUCCUCUACAAGCCAUCCCCACCGCCUUGCUGUUACUCAUUUGCUUCAAUCCCCCCUGCACUACCUCAGAUUAGGUUUUCACUAAUCUGUCUAUACACACACAUCCUGUAUCUAUAUCCAAUACAUACCUGAACGAACUCAUCUUCUGCAACUUAACGUGCACGACAUAUGGUAUAAUUUAAAGCUGAAGGGAACUACAUUCACAGGGCUUCGCGGAUCAUCAAUCUUGUGGUGGUUUAUGUUGAACCGUCAUUUUUUACAUUUUUCAUUUCAUGUUUUAGAUACAAUCAUUUAAGGUUGAAAUAUUUGUCUGUAUAUCGUGUAAGACAAGUAUACAACAUUCUACUAUUGGCGUUGUAUCGAUACCAACAACUUUGGAAGGUUGAUGUUUGAUUUAAUUUGAGACGUGUUCAAUUAUCUCAUUCUCUCUGCAUUUUGGGCUUUAAAUAUAUAUAUUACUUGCUUGGGAGCUGUGUAUAAGUAUAUAUUGGUUAUACGCUGCAUAAGGAGAAUAAAUUCUCUGUGGUUUUAUUCCUCAAAAUCAGAACACUUCUCUUUACUGCUGAUGGAGAACUUAGCACAGCUGGAAUCUCUGUGUGAAAGGCUGUACAAAUCUCAGGAUUCCGUUGAACGAUCUCAUGCCGAAAAUGCGCUCAGAUGCUUUUCAGUAGACAGUAACUACAUUCUGCAGUGUCAAUAUAUUCUAGAGAAUGCAUCAACUCCAUAUGCACUAAUGAUGGCCAGCUCGAGUCUGUUAAAACAAGUCACUGAUCACCGUCUACCUUUGCAGCUACGGCUUGAUAUUCGAAACUAUGUUUUAAGCUAUCUGGCGACCAGGGGGCCUAAAUUGGAGAAUUUUGUUAUUGGAGCUCUAAUUCAUGUUCUAUGCCGAAUCACAAAAUUUGGGUGGCUUGAAGAUGACAACUUUAGAGAGGUGGUUAAGGAGUCCAUGAAUUUCCUGAGUCAGGAAGCUUCUCACUAUAUCAUUGGACUGAAGAUAUUGAAUCAACUGAUUGCUGAAAUGUUUCAGUCCAAUCCAGUACUGUCAAUGACACAGCAACGGAGGGUGGUAGUUUCAUUCAGAGAGCAGUCUCUUUUACAAAUAUUCCGAAUAUCACUGUCUUCUUUAUCUCAACUGAAAACUGAUGUUGGAAGCAAUUUACAAAAGCUGGCUCUUUCACUAGCUCUAAAAUGCCUAACAUUUGAUUUUAUGGGGACAUCAGUCGACGAAAGUUCUGAAGAGUUUGGAUCUAUUCAGGUCCCAUCUGCUUGGAAGCAAGUAAUUGAGGACUCCUCAACUUUGCAGAUAUUUUUUGACUACUAUGCACUGGGUUUACCCCAGAUAUCGAGGGAGGCUUUAGAGUGCUUGGUCCGUUUGGCUUCUGUUAGAAGAUCUUUGUUUACUAAUGCAGCCGCACGACUCAAAUAUCUUUCACAUCUGAUGAUUGGGACAAAAGAUAUUUUACAGACAGGGAAAGGUUUGGCUGAUCAUGGCAACUACCAUGAGUUUUGUCGCCUUCUCGGACGCUUUAAGAUUAAUUAUGAUUUGUCUGAGAUUGUGAGCACUGACUGCUAUAACGAUUGGAUACGCUUAGUGGCGGAGUUUACGCUGAAGUCUCUACAAUCCUGGCAGUGGGCUAGCAGCAGUAUAUACCAUCUUCUUGAGCUUUGGUCCAAAUUGGUGACAUCUUUAAGAAACUUUAAGGGUGAACGACCAAGCUUGCUUAAUGAAUAUGUUGUAGAAAUUGUGCAGCGUUUUAUCUCCUCAAAAUUCGAUUCUUUCCAGGUUGAAUUAUCUGAUGACGAUUCUGAAAAUCCACUUGAUAAUUCUGAACUUCUUCAGGAACAGCUUGAGUGCUUUCGUCAUCUUUGUAGAUUUCAGUAUGAGAGCUGUUGCAAGUACAUUUCGCAAAUAAGUGAUCCUAUCAUGCAGUUCUAUAUGGAAGCAACAGGUCUCGAGUCCAAUGGGGUAAACAGUAAUCUGUCUCUUCUUGAAACCAAACUUGCUUGGAUGGUUCAUAUAGUUGCUGCAAUCUUAAGGAUAAAGUCUAGUGGGGAAUCAGAUGAACUACAUGAUGCAGAACUUUCAGCUCGUGUAUUCAACUUGAUCAACAUUACUGAUAGAGGAUUCCAAAAUCAGAGAUAUAGUGAAUUAAGCAAGCAGCGACUGGAUGAUGCUAUUUUACAAUUUUUCCGGCAUUUCCUCAAGUCUUAUAUUGGUGAGCAGGCAAUGGAAUCAUCCAAGAGGCUGUAUGCCCGGUUUUCAGAGCUUCUUGGAGUCAGUGAUCAUUUACAAGUGUUGAAUGUUAUCAUUGGAAAGAUUGCAACAAAUCUCAAGUGUUAUGCUGAGAGUGAGGAUGCUAUUGCUCAAAAUUUGAACCUUUUCUUGGAAUUAGCUUCAGGAUACACAAGUUGCAAGCUGCUUUUGAAAUUGGAUACGGUUCAAUCGAUAAUUAUUCACAGCAAUAGGGAGCAUUUUUCUUUUCUCCGAGACAACAGAUUCUCUCGUACCAGAACAACUUUCUUCUACACUAUUGGCUUGCUGGUUUUUGCAGAAGACAAUAAUUCGAAAUUUAAGUCUUCGGUUGAUCCUCUUAUGCAGGUCUUUGUCAAUUUGGAAAUGAUACCCGAUGGAAUGUUUCGAACUGAUACUGUUAAACAAGCAUUAGUCGGACUGAUGCGUGAUCUCAGAGGACUUGCUAUGGCUACAAAUAGCCGCAAAACAUAUGGUUUACUCUUUGACUGGCUAUAUCCUGCACACAUGCCGCUUCUUUUGAAGGCAAUUACAUAUUGGGCCGACACACCAGAGGUUACAACUCCAUUAUUGAAAUUCGUUGCUGAAUUUGUUCUGAACAAAUCUCAGCGUGUGACUUUUGAUAUGACAUCUGCUAACGGCAUACUGCUUUUUCGAGAAGUCAGCAAAUUACUUGUUACAUAUGGAUCAAGAAUUUUGCCACUUGCUCAUCAUGGAGAUAUCUAUGCAUUCAAGUACAAGGGAAUUUGGAUUUCGUUGACUAUUUUUUCACGAGCAUUGGCCGGUAAUUACGUGAAUUUUGGGGUCUUCGAACUAUAUGGUGACCGUGCACUUGCAGAUGCUCUUGAUAUUUAUAUAAAGAUGAUACUCUCGAUUCCUUUGACUGAUCUACUGGCAUACCAAAAGCUUGCACGGGCAUACUUUGCUUUCUUGGAAAUUCUCCUCAAAACCCAGAUUACAUUUGUUUUGAAUCUUGAUUCAAUCACCUUUACAUUUAUAGCUGGAACUAUUCAAGCUGGUCUGAGAUCACUGGAUGCAAAUAUUUUGAGUGAGUGUGCAUAUGCCGCGGAUUAUAUAGCUACAUAUUAUUUCAACCAUAUAACAUCUGGAGAGUUACCUACUACUCCCGCCUCUUUAAAUCUUGCCCGACUUGUUGCAGAUUGUCCUGGUCUAUUUCCAGAAAUGCUGAAGUCCCUCUUCGAGACUGUUCUAUUUGAUGACUGUGGGAACCAGUGGACUCUGAGCAGACCAAUGCUCAGUUUGAUGCUCAUAAAUGAAGAGAUGUUUGUCAACUUAAAAGCUCAGAUUCUGGUGACACAAGUGGUGGGUGAACAACCACGUCUCUCUGCUUGCUUCGAUAAUCUUAUGAUGGGUAUCAGCCGAAACUUGGAAGCAAAGAACAGGGACAAGUUUUCCCAAAAUUUAACCAGGUUCAGGAAUGAAUUUCGUCAGAGAUGAGGAUUUCUUGAAGACAUCGAAGAAUCAAUGUAUAUGUCGUGAAGAAAAGGCCAGAAAUAGUAGUGAAAAGUGAAGACACAGAUUAUAGAAAAAUUAUAGAUAAAUGAGGGAAUUACCUUGCAGGAUUUACAAAAGGGGUUGAUAUUUGGUGUACAUGUAUAAGAUUAGACUUAGGUAAAGUCGUAUAUGAAACAAAUGUAUCUCAGGUUUGGAAUUAUGAUCUCUGUAUUGGUGCGAACUGCAAAGCGAUGAGAUAAAUCUGCUUGGGUGGGGUAUAGUUAUAGACUUGUAGUUAAUCACACCCCCAAUAUUUUAUCUUUUUAGGUAAUGCAACUUAGCGGGGAAUAGUUAUAAACUUGUAGACUAGUUGAUCACACCCCCAACCUUCAAUCCUUUCAGAAGAAUGCAAAUCUUUCUGAAAGUGAAGUAGUUUUGGAAAUAAAAAAAAUCCGGAGUUAAGUUUAUGUUUUUUCAAGUACAUAAUAUUGAAAUAGUAAAUAAUGUGUUUUGAUGA